UAUGAGUUGAAUUUUCGAGCUGCAACGGAAAAGGAAGGGCCGAGUGGAAAGAAGAAAAUAUUUUAGGGAAUUUUGUAUAUUUGGAGGAACGAAGGGUGCCUUUGCCAGUUUCGACAGUUUCCCCUUUCCCACGCGAAAAAUUUACAGAAACCCUAAUUCUCAUACGCUUGAUUGAUUAAUGGUGUGCGAAUUUUGUAGUAUUGAGAAUUGCACUGUAAGGCGGAAAUUGCGAAUUGAUAAAUGCAUGUCGCAGCGGAUCUUAACUGGUUCCUGCAGUUUAUAGUGCUGGCAUUCGCGGGAGCCUUCGGGUUGCUGUAUCUGGUGCGGGACACUGCCUCUAGGUAUUUUGUGGUGGACUCCAAUUUCGAUACCUCCGCCGCGGAUUAUUCCUCAUUGGAUCGCAGGAAAACGGAGAGUACGGCCUGCGUCGUCUGCGGGCUUCUGACGAAGAAACAGUGUGCUCGCUGCAAGAUGGUUAAGUACUGCUCUGAAGCUUGUCAAAGGUCUCAUUGGAAUUCUGAGCAUAAGACAACCUGCAAGGAUUUUCAAUCAUGUCACAAAGCUAACCACAUCCAAACAUCAUCAUCCACUCACCGAGGAAGGAAAACUUUAGGUCCAGCGGGUGGAAACUCCAAGAAACUUAAACCAGCAAACAGAAUACUUUUUCCAUAUGAAGAGUUUGUAGAAUAUUUUAAAUGGGACAAGCCCGGUUACCCUCCCUGUGGACUUCUGAACUGUGGAAACAGCUGCUUUGCUAAUGUGGUCCUUCAAUGUCUUUCGUAUACCCGUCCUCUUGUUGUCUACUUGUUGGAGAAAGGCCAUCGCAGUGAAUGUCAACGAGACGAUUGGUGUUUUUUGUGUGAGUUUCAAACACAUGUGGAAAGAGCUAGCCGAAGUGUCAAUCCAUUUUCUCCCAUGAACAUUCUUUCAAGAUUGCCUAAUAUUGGUGGCAAUCUUGGCUAUGGGAAACAAGAGGAUGCCCACGAGUUCAUGAGGUUUGCCAUUGACACAAUGCAAUCUGUAUGCCUUGAUGAAUUUGGUGGGGAAAAAGUAGUUCAUCCUAAUUAUCAGGCGACAACCCUUAUUCAACAUAUAUUUGGCGGUCGUCUUCGUUCGCAGGUUAUAUGUGCAGAAUGUAAUAAUGUUUCAAACCAAUUCGAGAAUAUGAUGGAUUUAACUGUGGAAAUUCAUGGUGAUGCUGGAUCUUUGGAGGAGUGUUUGGAUCAGUUCACUGCUAAAGAGUCACUUCAUGGGGACAAUAUGUAUAAAUGCGAUGGUUGCAAUGCUUAUGUCAUGGCAUGGAAGCGCCUUACCAUACAGCAAGCACCAAACAUUCUUACAAUUGCCUUGAAAAGAUUUCAGAGUGGAAGAUUUGGGAAACUUAAUAAGAGAGUGACCUUCCCAGAAACACUGAAUCUCAGCCCGUACAUGAGUGAAUUGGAAGAAGGAAAUAUAUACAAGUUAUAUGCUGUUAUCGUCCAUGUAGAUAUGCUGAAUGCAUCAUUUUUUGGUCACUAUAUCUGCUAUGUUAAGGACUUCCGCGGAACCUGGUACAGGAUUGAUGAUUGUAAGGUUGCUAGGGUUGACUUGGAUGACGUACUUUCCCAGGGAGCCUAUAUGCUCUUGUAUAGUAGGACUUGUGCCCGCCCAUCAUGCUUGUUAUUAACGGACUUGUUGAAGAAAGAAGAAAGUGAAAUUGUUAAAACUCAUGAAGUAGAUCCUUCACUGAAGCAACCUGCUGGCUGCUCUUCUAUUGCGGCAUGCAUGGGUAGUCCAGUUGAUUCUGAGCAACCUUUAACCAUUAUUUGUGCAGGUAAUAAAAUCAAUUGUGAGAAAGUAUCGUCAUCCCUUAUAGAUUCAGAAAAUGCCCGAGGGGAUAUGGAAAUGGUAGUAUCUGGCCAGAGUUUGUCCAUUGUCAAGGAUCUUGAACUUAAUAGCAACGAGGGACUGUCCAAGAAUCCUGAAACACUUACUCAUCCUGGGAAAGUUGACAUGCUGCCAAACUCCACCAAAAUGUCCUUGAUCAACAAUGCCUGUACACGAUUUGAUGCUGAGGAUUCAGAAUCAUCAGUCUCUGUUUCUGAUGGCGAGAAUGCAAAUUGUGACAGUGAAGUUAAUGUCAAUGUAAGCUCAAUGAGAAAGUUGACCAAGGAAUCUUGUGUUGCUGAGACACAUUUCUUCAAGGAAGACAGUGCUGCUUGUAAUGUUUCAGCCAUGGAUAUUACCAAUGCUAAGGUCCAAGAUAAAGCAAACCCUGCUAAUUCUACAUUCACCCCACGUGCCAAGUAUGGUAAAGGAUCCCUUUCUUCCGAAAAUUUUGAAAAUGCUGCUAAGAAAGCAGGUGAAGGAAGCUCAUCAGGAAAGAAGCCACUUUUUCCCCCAGGUUUUCUUGGAAAAAGCCCGAAAAGGAAAUGUGUUCAGGCUGAAGAUAGAACAUCUGCAGAAGCAACUCAUUCGCCACAUGACUGCCACCUCAACAAUUCGGAAGGGGAAGAUGCAAAAGUCAGCUUAACAUAUGGAAAUGGCAGCUUGCCAGGUGAUGGAACAAUUCACAUUAUCCAUGAAAAUGGGAAGGCUUAAAGCUAGUCUGUGAGAGCCUCCCAAAUGUACAUUCCAUUCUGGUGAUCAGAUUAUAAAGAGGGUAAUUUCUGGAUUGCGCAACCCUAUCCUUGAUACAAGGUAUGUAUAGAUCUGAUGGGUUACUGGAGAAAACUUCGAAUGUCUGUCUUAAGAACAUAGAUAAAUCCAUGGAGCUUACUUAACCUGUUAAGGCAGGAGACUGCACCUUCACAGCACUGGCGUGAAAACUAAUGGUAUUUCCGAGAAUGAGUUCCAGGCUGCGCUCGCUGGCUGGAACGUGGCGAAGGAUGUCUUGAAUCGAGUAGAGACAGGCAGGCAUUCAUUGGUAAUCCCAGAUGUUAAAAGAAAUUCUUUCUGUUUAUAUCUAUACAUACAUACAGGCUACACAAACACAUAUACAUACAUGAUUUUAACGAUGAUCCGGUCCCGUCCCGUCUCCGCAAGUGGAUGCGCUGGGAACUAUGUCCGGGGUUUCAAUAUUAACAGGAAUCUUGGAAAUGAAAUGUUAUUCCAUAA